AUGCCGAACUUCACCAUUCAACCCCCAACCCCUCAACACGCCCUCCUUUCCUACCCAGCCCCAUAUGUCCUCCUAGUAACGCUCAAUCGACCAAAAGAACUAAACUGCAUCAAUUCACAAGGUCACAAUGACCUCCACGACAUUUGGGAAUGGAUGGACGAAGAGCCCUCGCUACGAGUAGGAAUAAUAACAGGAACGGGUCGAGCAUUCUGCGCAGGAGCAGAUCUAAAAGAAUGGAACAACCGUGCCUCCAACAACGGCCGCGCAACAACACCAUCAAGCGGCUUUGGCGGUCUCGCCCGCCGAAAGGGUAAAAAGCCCGUUAUAGCCGCAGUAAACGGUCUCUGUUUCGGCGGAGGCAGCGAAAUGAUCAUCAACAGCGACCUGGUUCUUGCAUCCUCCCGUUCUGUCUUCGGGUUACCAGAGGUAAAGCGCGGCGUCGUAGCGCAAGCCGGUGCACUGCCUCGUCUUGUGCGAACAGUGGGAAAGCAACGGGCCAUGGAGAUGGCGCUUACAGGACGAAAUGUCUUACCUGCUGAAGCGGAGAGAUGGGGAUUAGUGAAUGAAGUUGUUGAUAUUGAGAAGGAUUUAUCUCUUGAAAAGGGCAAUGAGAUUCUUGUUCAGCGUGCUGUUGUUGUUGCGGGGACUAUUGCGGGGAAUAGUCCUGAUGCGGUGCUGGUUACUCGGGAGGGAAUCAAGCUUGGGUGGGAGGGCAUUGGGGCUGAUGAGGCGACGGUGAUGCUGAGUGAGAAUUGGAUGAAGAGGUUGUAUAAUGGGGAGAAUAUUAAGGAGGGAUUGAAGGCUUUUGUGGAGAAGAGAGCGCCUGUUUGGAAGGAUAGUAAAUUGUAG